CAUCAACUUUUUUGCAUCGUUCACAAUUAUAAUUCUACAUUAAUGUCUCCAGAAAUAGUUAACAGUGGAUUCGGCAUUCUUUGUGACAUAGUGUUCGCUGUGAAAUUAAGGUAAGAGAGUCUACAGCGAAGCGUACGUUCCGUAAAUUCACCUACCGUAGGGUGGAUUUGGACCAGCUUCUGGACAUGAAGCAUGAUCUGCUGGUGGAGCACAGCAGAGCCAAGCGACGUUUCAAGCGAGGAAUCCGCCGCAAGCCGCUCGCUCUGAUGAAGAAGCUGCGCAAGGCCAAGAAGGAUGCUCCCCCACUAGAGAAGCCAGCCAUCGUAAAAACCCACUUGCGAAACAUGAUUAUCGUUCCGGAGAUGGUCGGAUCGAUGGUGGGAAUCUACAACUGGAAAACCUUCAACCAGGCCGAAAUCAAGCCGGAAAUGAUCGGACAUUAUUUGGGCGAAUUUUCUCUCACCUACAAACCGGUUAAGCACGCUCGGCCGGGUAUCGGUGCCACCCACAGCUCCCGAUUCAUUCCAUUGAAGUAGAGGGCGAAAGGGAUGGUGUGAUAAG